ACCUGACAGACCAGGAUAAAGAAGAAGAUGAGGAUAAGUGGAUGCAACCACGUAGAGAACUCCAUAGUGGUAUCCGGUUACUUCUUUACCAACAUAAGCAAAAAGAGGAACUUUCAGCAAAGGAGUCUCAGGACGACCAAGAAAAAAGUACGAAAAAAUCUGAAUUGCAUAAAAUAGAAUUAAAGAAAAUGGAGCUACCGAAGUUCACUGGAGAUAUUAAAACAUACACGAGAUUUAAGACGGACUUCAAGAAGUUCGUAGAGAAGGCAACUCAUCCAGAACAAUUGUCAUUUAGACUCAGAUCCUGCUUAGGAAAUGAGGUUAACAAAGUAGUGCAGGCAGCAGAGGACGACUAUGAGCAAAUGUGGACUUUGUUAGACGAGAAGUAUGGCGACAGACACAAGUUGGUAAAUGCUCUCAUUGGAGAUAUCUUAAAGCAGAAGCCGUUGAAAGAGGGAGAGGAUAGCCAAAUAAUUCAAUUCAUCGAACUAAUUUUGGCUUGCCACCGCAACCUAAAGCGGAUAGCCAUCGAGCACGAAAUGAACAACGCCCGAGUUAUCUCCGAAAUCGAGAGUAGAUUACCGGAAGAACAGAGGAGAAGGUGGGUCAGGCUGAUCCAUGAUCCACAAGGAAAGGAUAAAGUGGAGAAAGACGGGAAACUAAAAACUCUCUUAGACUUUCUGGAAGAGGAGAGUAAGAGUCUGAGAUACAUGAUGUCAGGCUUGCAAUGGGCUGCACCACGACCGAAGGUGCACAGCAGCACAGUCAAUUUUGUGUCGACAGGGAAAAUGCCAGACGAAAGCUGCUUGAUACACGAGGAUGGUAAACAUACAACGCAGGAUUGUAGAAUGUUCAAGUCUAUGACCGUUUAUGACAGAAUCGAACUAAUGAAACAAAAAAGAGCCUGCUUCAGAUGUCUAAAAAUAGGACAUCAAGUGAAAUUCUGUAAGUUGGGACGUUGCGGUAAAGAGGGUUGUACUAGGAAACAUCACCCAUUGAUACAUUACGCACCGAGAAAUGGAGAAGUCGUUAAUGCGACGCAACAAAGCAACCCUACGACAAUUCCAAACUCAUCGGGGAGUGGCAGAAUGGCGAAUGCAGCACAACAGAAUAGUUCUAUUACGCAUUCUCCAUGUAUUUUGAUGGCCAAAGAGUUACAAACGUGCAGAGGAGAAGGGAUCACCACCAUGUUCGAUUCCGCUUGUACAUCCUCUGCCAUCCUAUCCGAGGUGGCUGAAAGACUAAAAUUAAAAAGGAAGCCGCUAACAAUUUCUAUCACUAAGUUUGGUGGUGAGACCGAGUGUAUCGACACGUACAGUUAUAUCCUACCAUUGAAGACGAGAGAAGCAGACAUUAGAAUAGAGGUAUUUGGUAUGCCGCACAUCACCAAUAACCUAAUACAACAAGACACUGCAAGAAUGGCAAGUAUGUUGGGAGUUGACAAACGUCAAGUAGAACGACCUACUGGGGCAGUAGAAUUACUCAUUGGGGCUGAUAAUGCAAAUCUGUUCCCGAGUGUUCUAAAGACCGUAGAUGAGCUUGCUUUGUGUGAAGGGCCAUUCGGCAAGAUGAUCUUCGGAAAACACUCCAUGUGCAGAAGUGAAUCAAACUCAAUCAACUUAACGCAGAUUAAACAACAACUUGAUUUUGACUUUUUAGAUAUCGAGAGCAUUGGUGUUAGAUGCAGUCCAAGGUGUGGAGGCUGUAAAUGUGGCAAUUGCCCCCUAGGAGCUAAGAGAUACACCUUAAGAGAAGAAAGGGAACUAAACUUAAUUGACGAAGGGUUAACGCACGAGGAUG